AAGGAGGAGGAGGCGGCUCCCGCCAUCAUCGCCGCGCCCUCCUCCUCCUCCCCCUCCUCCUCCUCUUCAAGGACUCGGGGAGGCCGCGCCGAGCCCAGCCACACGGCAGCAGCAGGCAGACAGCAACAGUCAGACACAGCAGCAGGCAGACAGCAACAGUCAGACACAGCAACAGGCAGACAGCAACAGGCAGACAGCAACAGUCAGACAUAGCAGCAGGCAGACAGCAGUAGUCAAGACACAGCAGCAGGCAGACAUCAACAGUCAGACACAGCAGCAGGCAGACAGCAACAGUCAGACACAGCAGCAGGCAGACAUCAACAGUCAGACACAGCAGCAGGCAGACAGCAGUAGUCAAGACACAGCAGCAGCUGUCACACCCGAAGACACUCGUCCCCUCGCUCAUCCAGACGAGACGGCUCAUCCAUCACCACCAACACCAACAACACCAACAACUCAUUGUCCAUCACCGCCUUCCUGUGCACCACCGUGAGGACCACCACCGUGAGGACCACCAUGGUGGUGCAGGCGAUGGCCUCUCGGCUGCUGGGCAUGACGGCCCUCAGGGGACUCGGCCCCAGGGCCCCUGGGCCCCCGUGCCGCCGGGCAGCUCCCUCGCGGGCGUGCAGCCUGCUGUGUCCCGGUAGGAUCUUCACUAAAGAGGACUGGGAUACGAAGCACAGCACCAUCAGCGGGCGGCGCCAAUCGCCCAUCGACAUCCAGCCGGCCGAGGGCAUGUUCGACUCCGGUUUGGGGCCGCUGCACACUCACUACCACCGCUCGGGUCCCAUGCUGCUCUACAACAACGGCUACUCCUUCCUCGCGGAGUACCCCGACAAUUGCAGCGCCAACGUGCUGGGCGGGGGUCCGCUGCAAGGACGCUACCGGCUCAAGCAGUUCCACUUCCACUGGGGCGCGAGCGAUGAGCGCGGCUCCGAGCACCGCGUCAACGGCAGCGCCUUCCCCGCCGAGCUGCACCUGGUCCACUGGCACGAGAGCUGCGAGAGCUUCAACGAGGCGCUCGUCUCCAAGAAAGGGCUCGCCGUGCUCGGCGUCUUUGUGGAGGUCGGGGAGACGCAUGCCCGUCUGCAGGAACUGGUCGAAGCUCUGCCCAACAUCACCCACAAGGGCAUGAUGCACGAGGUGGGGACAUUCGACCCCUCGGGACUACUGCCCCCGUGCCUCGACUUCUGGACGUACCCGGGCUCGCUGACUACUCCGCCGCCCUACGAGACGGUCACCUGGUUCAUCCUCAAGCGGUCCAUGUCCAUCAGCGGCGAGCAGCUGGCGUCGUUCCGCAGGCUGUACGUGUCUGCAGCGGGCGAGCGCGCCGUGCGAAUGGUGGACAACUUCCGCAUGCCGCAGCCCAUCAUGGACCGCAGCGUGCGCAGCUCCUUCCCAGUGCCCAUCGAGCUCCAGGACGCGGCUACAGACACCGCAGCUCCAGCACGCGGCUGAGGGCGGCCUUCCUCCUCCUCCUCCAGCAGCUGGCUCCAAUCUCCCCCCCCCCCCGACCGCUCCUCCACAGCCACCCCCCUCUGCAGCCUCCAUCCUCCCGUUGCAAGUCCUGACCCGUGUCCCGAUCCCUUUCCUCCUGCCAUUGGCCGGCCAGCCGGCCGGCCGGCCGCUGGGUUGCACUUCGCGACGCCGGCCUCGGUGUUUACAUGACGUCGCCGCCCGCCCGUGCCCGUCCUUGCCAGCCGUUGCCAGCCAGUGCCCAGCCGUGCCAGCUCAAGCCGGCCCCCGGUGCCCACCCGCGUCCGCCCGUGCCGGCCCGUGCCUUCCAGCCUCUCGGCUCCACGCAACCGCGAGGCCACGGUGCCGCAAGCCGCCAGUGCCGGGACGAACUCGAGUUGCCAAACAGCACACGGAUCCGGCGUCAGCCGUCGACAAAACCAAACGCGGCGGCUUUGAGCGCGGUGCCUUUGCGGCGGCCCGCGUGUGUCCAUGCCUUUGUCACGUGACAGUACCGUGAAGUGUCCACGCUGCGUGUUCCAUGCUGUUUUCCCAUCCUGUUUGGUCGUGUCAAUGCCGUGUUCAUACUCCUCGUGUGUUUAUGCAGUGUGUCUCACGUGCUUAGGCCUUCGUUUACGCCAUGCUCCGCGCCUGUUUCUGUGCCCGUUUUGUCAGCGGCCAUCGCCCAGAAGGUUCAAAGGUGAAAACGCUCACAUUCCACCCCCCCUCCCCUCCCAAGCGGUCGCACAGCAUUGUAAAAAAAAAAUCACGGUCACUUCUUGGGGUCGCAUCACAAUGGGCGCGUGAUUUGUCGUCCAGGCGGCCACGUGUCUGCCGUGUGACCACAGUAGCCGGCUUCUGUUACAAACGCUCGUCGUUUAAAAAUGCGAGGUUUUGACGUGGGCUUUGGUCGGUGUGCCGUGGAAUUAAUCAUUCACGCCAUUGCAGUUGUGAACCCAGAAGGCCUGUGUUCGAUUCUGGGCCACGGAUAACAUCGGUGGAGGGUGGUGAAUGCGUGGAGGGUGGUGAAUGCGUGGAGGGUGGUGAAUGCGUGUAUGUUGAACUUCUUUUGCACGUAGCCAACCGUGCUAAUCUAAGAGCUAAAAAUUUGAUCCAAAGAAAUACAAUUUUGAUUUAAAGCUUUCGUGACUGCAGGGAUUCUAUUCUUG